AUGAAUUCAUUAUGUGAAAUAUCAUGGAAAAAGGGGGCUUUAAUUCAUUGCAAUCAAAUAUUAUUAUGUCAUAAUAAUAUAAGUAAGAAUUGUACAAGAUUGAUAAGCCAAGUCAGAAACUUUUAUGAUUAUAAUAAGAAUAUUAAUAUAUUAAAUGGAAAAAAAUAUAUAAGCCGAAAAAAUCAUAGAAUAGGUACAUUUUAUGAAAAUAGAUAUAAUUAUUAUACAAGUAGUGAUAAUAAAAAAAAUUAUAAAAAAAUAUGGAGCAGUUUAGGAUUUAUAAUAAUACCACAACAAACAGCAUAUAUAAUUGAAAGGUUAGGAAAAUAUAAAAAAACACUAUUAGGAGGAAUUCAUUUUCUUUUACCUUUUAUUGAUAAAGUAGCUUAUAUAUUUUCAUUAAAAGAAGAAACUAUUACUAUACCAAAUCAAACAGCUAUAACAAAAGAUAAUGUCACACUAAAUAUUGAUGGUGUAUUAUAUAUAAAAUGUGAUAACCCUUAUAACGCUUCUUAUGCUAUUGAUGAUGCAAUUUUUGCUGUCACACAAUUAGCACAAGUUACUAUGAGAACAGAAUUAGGCAAACUUACUUUAGAUACAACAUUUUUAGAACGAGAUAAUUUAAAUGAAAAAAUAGUUAAAGCUAUUAAUGAGUCAUCAAAAAAUUGGGGUAUUAAAUGUAUGAGAUAUGAGAUUCGUGAUAUUAUAUUGCCUGUUAAUAUAAAAAAUGCAAUGGAAAAACAAGCAGAAGCUGAAAGAAGAAAAAGAGCUGAAAUAUUACAAAGUGAAGGGGAGAGAGAAAGUGAAAUAAACAUAGCUAUUGGGAAAAAAAAAAAAUCUAUUUUAGUUGCAGAAGGACAAGCAUUUGCUAUAAAAGCCAAAGCAGAUGCAACUGCAGAAGCUAUAGAUAUUAUUGCAAAUAAAAUUAAAAAGCUAGAUUCACACAAUGCUAUUUCAUUACUUAUAGCUGAACAAUAUAUUGAAGCUUUUUCAAAUAUUUGUAAAAGCAAUAACACUGUAGUUAUUCCUGCUGAUUUAAAUAAUGUUGGUAGUUUAAUAUCUCAGUCCUUGUCUAUAUAUAACAAUAUUAAAAAUUCACAAAAAAAAGAACCACAUAAAAUACAAAAGACUGAUUAUUCAGGCGAAAAUUUAUUAUUACAAUCAGAUGAAACAAAUAAUAAUGAUACUUAA